AUGCUACAGGAACGCUUCGCUCACAUCGCAGCCAACCCGAACGACGAGUCGCAAGACCCCUCGGACCUGCUGCAGCGCAUGCUGCGGCAUGCUCAACACCACAGAGCGUCAGAAAUGACCCUCAACCAGAUGACGCGCCGCCUGGUCAUGGCCAACAUGGGCUUCAUCUAUCAGGCGAGCUUUGCUGCCUCAAACAUGCUGCGCAACAUACUGGAAUCGGACCAGGAGCACGACACGAUCCGCGUUCUGCGGGACGAGGCAGAGCGCUGCAGCGCCGCUGCCGAGAACGACCCAUCUCGGCUGUGGACGCGCCAGAACGUCGCCCGCAUGGUGUUUGCCGACAGCGUCGCCCGCGAGACAUUGCGCCUCAACACCGUCCCUACUCGCGCGCUGGUCCGCCAGGUAAUGGUGGACGGCUUGCGAACCGACACUGGCAUGCCACUGCCGCGGGGCGCCCUCGUGUCAUUUGUGAGCCAGCCCAUGCACACAGAUCCGGACCACUUCCCCAACCCACACGCUUUCGAACCCUUCCGCUUUGUGCAGCUGCGUCUAGAAGAAGCCGAGGGUGGUCGAAGCACUGGCCCGUUGGACGUCUCCUCCAAAGCGGCGGACGACGCAGGUGGAAGCUGGAGCCAACACGCGUUUCUUUCAACCGCGAACUUGCUCAUUUUCGGGCGGGGCCGCAACUCAUGUCCAGGUCGUCACUUGGUCGAUUUUCAGUUGAAGAUGCUUAUCUCACAUCUGUUUACUAGGCAGCGAGGCUAA